GUCUGCGAUUCCUGCGCGCCCUGCGCCUGAUGUCCUUUCCGGACAUUCUGCAGUACCUGAACGUGCUGAAGACCUCCUCCUCCAUUCGACUGGCUCAACUGGUCUCCAUUGUCGUCUCCGUCUGGUUGACCGCCGCCGGGCUGAUUCACCUUCUGGAGAACAGCGGCGACCCGCUGGACUUUGAUAAUGGCCACUUUAUCUCCUACUGGGAGUGCGUCUACUUCCUCAUCGUCACCAUGUCCACGGUGGGCUACGGUGAUAUACACUGUACGACGACGCUGGGCAGGACCUUCAUCGUUCUCUUCAUUCUCGUCGGCUUGGCGGUAUUCGCCUCACUGGUGCCGGAAAUCACCGAGCUGGUGGGCCAUCCCUCAAAGUACGCUGGAAACUAUCAGAAGAAUCCGGCUAAAAAGCAUAUCGUCGUCUGCGGCCACAUCACCUACGAGAGUGUGUCCCACUUUCUGAAGGACUUCCUCCACGAGGACAGAGAGGACGUGGACGUGGAGGUGGUUUUUCUCCACCGGAAGCCACCCGACCUUGAGCUGGAGGGCCUCAUCAAAAGGCACUUCACGACGGUGGAGUUCUUCCAGGGCUCGGUGAUGAACCCCAUCGACCUGAACCGCGUGAAGGUGCACGACGCGGACGCCUGUCUGGUGCUGGCAAACAAGUACUGCCAAGACCCGGACGCAGAAGAUGCGGCGAACAUCAUGCGCGUCAUCUCCAUCAAGAACUACUCGGACGACAUUCGGGUGAUCAUCCAGCUGAUGCAGUACCACAACAAGGCCUACCUGCUGAACAUUCCCUCGUGGAACUGGAAGAGGGGCGACGAUGUGAUCUGCGUCAGCGAGCUGAAGCUCGGCUUCAUCGCACAAUCCUGUCUGGCGCCCGGCUUCAGCACAAUGAUGGCCAACCUCUUUGCCAUGAGGUCCUUCAAAACGUCGCCGGACAUGCCACCCUGGCAGAACGAUUACCUGUGCGGCACUGGCUGUGAGAUGUACACGGAGAACCUCUCCGCCGCCUUCGUCAACAUGACCUUUGCUCAAGCGACCGAGCUGUGCUUCGUCAAGUUGAAGUUGCUCCUCCUCGCCAUUGAGGUGUCGCACGAGUCCGGUGACGGCAGCAACACCAUCGUCAUCAACCCCAAGGGCAACCACCGCAUUGGCCACAACACACAGGGCUUCUUUAUUGCUCAAAGUGCCGAUGAGGUGAAGCGGGCAUUGUGGUUUUGCAAAAAUUGCCACGAUGACGUGAAAGACGAAAAGCUGAUUCGCAAAUGCAAGUGCAAAAAUCUGGGCGCCAUCUUUAAGAAGGGCGUCCGCGUGGUGCAGGCGGUGAAUAGCAAUCCCAAUCGCGCCUCCAGUGUCACCUCUCGCAUUCUCGAUGACCACCUUCACUUGAUUCCGCCGUCUUCGACGUCGACAGGUGGCCGGAGGGCAGCUCGCAAUGGCAAGCAGCACCCCAAUGCAGUGCACCUGCAGCCGAUGCUCCUCCAGAGUCCCAACAGCGCCGGACAACGAGGAGGAAUCGGAGGAGUUGGUCCUGGGGGCCCGGGAGGAGUCGGUGGUCCGGCGGGAGGUGGUGUUGGUGGCCCUGGUGGUGGGGGGCCUGGACAGCAGCAGAAGGGACCAGGACAGGCGCCCGGUUAUGGCCACCAGAUGCACCUCGCAUACGAGGUGAAGAAGUUGAUGCCCGCCGCCGCCCGCCCUCAGGAGGGCAGCAGCUCUUCUGCCAUUGUCCCGCCCUCCGCUGGCUUCAUCGACUCGAAGGACUUUGACUUUGAGAAGACGGAGAUGAAGUACGACAGCACGGGCAUGUUCCACUGGUGUCCGGCGAGGCCGAUUGAGGACUGCAUUCUGGACCGGAACCAGGCGGCGAUGACGGUGCUCAACGGCCACGUCGUCGUCUGCCUUUUCGCCGACCCGGACUCGCCGCUCAUUGGUCUGCGCAAUCUGGUCAUGCCACUCAGAGCUUCCAACUUUCACUACCACGAACUGAAGCACGUCGUCAUCGUCGGCAACGUCGACUACCUCCGGCGCGAGUGGAAAAUGCUGCAGAAUCUGCCGAAGAUCUCCGUUCUAAACGGCUCGCCGCUCUCCCGCGCCGACCUGCGCGCCGUCAACAUCAACCUCUGCGACAUGUGCGUCAUUCUCAGCGCCAAGAUUCCCACCUCCGACGAUCCGACGCUGGCGGACAAGGAGGCCAUCCUCGCCUCGCUGAACAUCAAAGCGAUGACCUUUGAUGACACCAUCGGCGUCAUAACCAACAACGCCGCCUGCGCCCCCGGUCCGGGAACGGGCAUUCCGGGCGCCUCGCCGCCGCCACUGGUCGUCCAGAGACGAGGCUCUGUCUACGGGUCAAACGUGCCGCUCAUCACCGAACUGGUCAAUGACACGAAUGUGCAGUUUCUCGACCAGGACGACGACGACGACCCCGACACGGAGCUCUACCUGACGCAACCGUUCGCCUGCGGCACCGCCUUUGCCGUCUCGGUGCUCGAUUCGCUCAUGUCGACGACGUACUUCAACGCCAACGCCCUCACGUUGAUCCGCUCGCUGAUCACCGGCGGUGCGACGCCCGAGCUGGAGUUGAUUCUAGCGGAGGGAGCCGGUUUGCGAGGCGGCUACUCCACCCUGGAGACGCUCAAGAACCGGGACCGCUGUCGAAUCGGGCAGAUCUCGCUGUACGAUGGGCCGCUGGCCAAGUACGGCGACGGCGGAAAGUAUGGGGAGCUCUUUGUAGCGGCGUUGCGGCAGUACGGCAUGCUCUGCAUUGGCAUCUACCGCUUCCGCGACACAAACAGCUCCUCAGAGGCGUCCAACAAGCGGUACGUCAUCACCAGUCCGCCCGAUGAUAUGGCACUACUUUCCAGUGAUAUGAUCUUCGUACUCCUCCAAUUUGACCCUGGCCUGGAGUACUACAAAGCUGCUGAAGGGCGUGGUGGUGGCCCGGGCGGCCGGAGAGGAGGUGGUCCCGGUGGCCACCACGGUCAGCUGAUGAACCCCGUGAUUGCGGGGGCGCUGCCCGCACCGCCCGGCCACAAUGUGCCCGUCUCCGGGGCCGGGGGAAUGCCCGGUAUUCAAGGAGGCGGCGGACUUAGUGGUCCUGGCGGCGGCCCGGGCGGUGGCCCUGGUGGCGUCAACCAGGGAGGCGGUGGCCCCGGUGGAGUGGGCAUUGGACCGAACUCCGGCCCGAACCCAGCCGCUCUGGCGAUGAUGGGCAACCCCGUGGGGGUGACCGGGCCGCAUUCGCAAGGAGGCCAGCCGCCCAGCUGA